ACACAGCUCAGGGGAAAUGAAGGGACUGUUUAGUAAGUUGAACCAACAAAAACAAGCUGUCUCCAGGCAUUUUUUCUGCAUGGGAGACAUUCAUGGCUGCCUCAAAUGUGCAUAUUUUUUCAUUGCUUGUAAGUGAAUAUUAAUCUUCUGGAUUCCCCUUUCAGAACAGUCUUUUAUUUGCUUCCCAUGGCAGAAGCAGGAAUUUCCUUGUGGGUCAUAUUUCAGGGUGUUUGUAUUUAUACACAGACUAUAAGAAGGCAGUCACAAUACAGGGCAAGGACACAUCAUGUUUUGCUGCAGGACGCAAUACAGGUUAUCUGGAAAUACUCAAAGGCGUGUUUCUCUAAAACCUCCUACAUCAUAAAGACAUUUUGCCUGUGAGUGAGGCCAGAAAAUAACCAAUCAUUUCUGACCACCACUUCUGACCGUACCAUGUUUACUUCUGGCACCAUGGAGUAAAUCACUGAAGAAACAGAAGAAAGGAAACACCUUAAAUCUCUCAGUCCAGCCAGGGAGCUCGGCAAAGAACUAGAGAACAGCACUUGCAAUCCUUCAAAUUUUCUCAGAAGAGGCUCUGCAGCUUCAGGUGGCACACGUUGGAGACCGAGUAACCUUGUUAUAGCUAACAGACAACUUCAAGCCAAGUUACUAAAAGGAAAGUAUUUGAUUUUGCAAGGAAUGAGAGCUUUGGGGUAAGGCAAAGGGAAACUUUUGAAAAGUUUCCUAAAUUAUGUUACAAACAGACACGGCAUUACAAACCAGAAAUGUAAGUAUAUGAGAGAAACUAGAUCUGAUUUUAAAUAAACAAGAAAGCAAUUGUGAGAUAAUAAUAAACUGUCAAGUGUGCAAAAUGUAGUGUCGUGCAUGCAAUCAAUUGGGAGAAGUGCAGAGGUCACAUACAAAUUGCAAAGAAAUAGCAGUGCUUUGGAGGUCUGGCACUGUUAUCCUGACACCCAAGUGGUGUUCUUCUCAAAGGAAAGCACCAAAAGGAAAAUUGGCUCCAAAAAACCCCCAAUGGAAGCCCACUAACCCACCUUUUACUUUCUAAAUACUCCAUCUCUGUGUUCGUGCACUUAUCAAAUCCCACAGACUGCGACCUGCUUGUUUUGUUAAAGGGUUAUUUAACAAAACUUUGGAGAAUUCCAUGAAAAUGCAUCGGUGUGUUCUGCCUUCCUGCCAGCCUCUAUUCCCAUCUCUGCCCCAGCCUGGCUAUGCCAAUGAGCAACCGUGUGUGCAGUGAAAUGCUGCUCAGCAGGAAGCAAAGCAAAAGGAGUUAGCUUCAAGGUUUUUGCUCUGUUUACUAUCUGGGUGGACAAAACAAUCAGGAUGGCUUCUACAAGUAAAAGAAGUUCUGCAGUGAGAACUCAAAAUACCUUUUGCCCUGAAGGUGAAGUCUACAAGCAUGGAUUCUUCACCAAAUCACCACCUCUUCAACUUUUCGGCUCACAGAAUUCCUGGAAGAGGCGUUUUUUCAUCCUGUCCAAAUCCAGCAAGGGCAAUUACAUCCUGAAAUAUCUAAAAGGCCAGAACAUAAAAGGCUCCAUAGCUGUUGAUCAAAUCAUAAAUAUCGAAGUUGGCAUAAGCAAUUCUGAAAUUAUGGAAACAGUAAGGAAGAUGUUUAAAUGCCUUCCUGAACAGGUGAUGUCCAUCAGUACUGGAAACAGAUGUUACUACCUCAUUGGGAGCAGCAGACAGGAAACGGAGGAUUGGGUCACUGUGAUAUCUUCAAUCUGCAGGGAGGCCAAAAGAGGUGGAUGCUGCCCUCAGAACCAAGAUCUUCCAAAUCCAGAAGUCAGAAGCCGGCCCUCCUCUUUGCCAGUAUUCUUGAAUUCUGUAGAUACGACCAGUUUCCCAGAAAGCCAAAGCUGCCAGAAGGAGAAUGGUUCCUCAGAAGACAAGAACAGGCCCAGUUCAGAUCCUGGCCCUCAUCAGGCUCAGUGUGACUCACCAAGAGGAGUUUUUCCAAGCCUGGAUAAAAAUCUGGGAAAGAGUGAGGAAAAUCUGCUGUCAUCAGAUACAGAUGAAGAUAUCAAAACGGAUGAAGAAGAUUAUUACCAAACUCCCAGCAAUAUUUUAGCAAAGUGUUUCCAGCAGUGCACUACUGAAGUAUCAAAGCCUGACCCUACAGCUGAGUCUGAUGGCCCUGUGCAAGAGAAGCCAGUGCAGAAGAACCCAGUAAAGGACAACAUUUAUAUGUCAAUGAAAUCACUUAGGUUGCUGGAUGAGAGUUGUCAGCUCAUGUGCAGACGUGAUGGGGUCCCAUCUCCCCCCAAAUGCCAGGACAACAGUGCAUGUCCAAGAGACUUGGAAGCAAACAGAGACCUAAAAUUCCCAGAAAGCAGCACCAGUCAGCAGCCAACCCUCCAGAGAAGGAAAAAUUCAUUACCACUUUCGGUGGUUCAGUUGUCUAAACUGCUCAGUCAAGUUACAGAUGAGACCCAGCUGCAGAAUUUGGAUAUUUUCAUCCCCCUGGCUGAUAUUAACAGUUACCUAAAACUUACUGAAGCAGCAGGACAAAUAUGUAUCUCACAGUGGACUGGUCCUUGCCGACUGGGAUGUUUGUUUAAUCACGGAGACCAUAUAGUGGCUGUGAAUGAUCUGCAACCCCAGAACGUGGAGGAGGCUUACUUCUUCAUCAGCAGGUCCACAAGAAAGGAGGUGAAACUUACUGUAUGUAGGAUUCCACAUUCAGAUAUCUUCCAUGCUAAAGGCUGCUCAUGUUCCUGAAAAAAAAAGACUUCGAUGAUUAAUGGUGUUCAAAGGCCUGUUUGUGCUGAAUUCUGCAUAAAGACAGAGGGGAAACCCCAGUCCUGGAACUACAGAGGCUGAAAAUGGAAGAAAAGGCAUUCCUUGGGAGCUCUUCUCCAAAGCUGCUGUGGGACUCCUUUGCUCUGCACUGCCUCUUUGAGCACAACAAAUCCAUUUCUGCCUAAGGAGUCUCUGAGGGAUGGGAUGGCCAGCUAUUACCAUGCAGGGCUUCUUCCAGCUCUGUAACUGUGUCAGUCUGCUAGGACAGUCCUCUAGGCCUGAAUCCUAAAGUCACAGAUCAUCUAGUUCAAGAGUAUCCACCAAGGAUGUCACCCUCGACCCUUCCUGCCCAAGGUUUGCCUAAGCUCUUCUCCUGAAGUCUAGAAAAGGAAAGUCCAAAUCUUCCUCUGUUGUUCCAAGACUCAUCUCUCUGUAUAAUUAGGCAAUUUUUUCCUAAUACUUAUCCUAGACAGUUUUUUCAGAAAAUGAAUGUGAUUUUUUUCUUGCCCUGUUUUCAGUGGGCAUAGGGAAUGCUUGAUUUCCACUGUCUCCAGAGAAAUCUUCAUUCUGGAAGGUGUUUUUUCUGCCUGUCUCCCUUCUCUUUUUUUUCAGACCAAACAUCCUGCAUUCUUUCAACAUUUUUUCAAACAUUUCCUGAAAGUGGUCAUAUGUCACUGAACUGCGAGACAAAUACCUAGUGUUUCCAGCUAUGGGUGAACAAAGGAGGUGAGACAGCCGUAAAGCAAUUUCCUGGAACUUUAUAGAGAAACAUUUCCAAAAAGAAGUGAACUAAUGAAGAAGCUUGUGAACCGUAUGUAGUGGUGGGAGGAGAGCCAACACCGUGGAACCUGCACACAGCAUUGCUGCUGAAGCAGGUGUUUAGCAAUGCAUGCUGCACCUCUCAGCCAUGGAAGAAUGUUACUUUUGGACAAGAGUAGGAUUUGGGUAGAUAUAGCGUGCACAGGAUAAUUGCAGAAUAUUUCAGAAAACUGGGGUAUUACUUUUGUAUUCAGUAAACAGUUACUGAUGUGUUACCCCAUAAUUGAUCAUUAUGUCAGUUUGCACAAUGAUAAAUGCAGAUAAUUAAUGUCACAUAUUGGGUGAUUCAUAACACUUACAGAGAUACAAUAUGGAAAUUACAUCGGUACAGUAAAUUCUGGUAGGGCGUGUGAAGUUGUCUUCCCACAUACAAUUAAUAAAUGUUUUAACACUUUACAACACAUUGUAUUCUGUGAAUACCUCACUUCCUCCUGACACAGCCCCUCCUCGUCCUCCAAAAACUACCUGUAACUUCCCAGUAACCUGCAGCUGAGUCACCAAACAGCCCUUUUAAAAAAGCUAUCCUUAAAAAACAAGAUCAACCUCAUUCUGUAACAUUUUCCCCAAUGUGAAAAUUUUACCUUUCUUCAAAUGAGCAAAUUCUGCUAAAUCUCUGGGCUGCUUCUAGAAGAAACAGCAAAGGGAAACGCCUACAUGCAUGGUAUUACCCAGUGCUCACUUUUAAUCCAGGAAGACCUGAAGGGAAUGUCUUUAAACCUGUGGCAUCUGAGCGGUAAUUUUUUAGUCCACCUAUAGGCAUUUUAAAUGUGUCAUGUAAGUACACACUCUUAAAGAAAUAGGUGAUAUUGUAGCUUCUUGUUGCAGCAUGCUCUAUGGUGUCAAAAUCUUUUCUUAGCCAGUUUCCAGGUACGUUUUGGGGUAUGGAGGGUUCCUGACACGUAUGCUUAAAUUGACAUGAGCUGAAAUUCAGUGAAUCCACAGACUAGCGAAUCUAUGUAAAACACAGCUGGAAGAAGGCUGCAGAUCCUGAAACCUUCUUGCACUACUGGCCCCAUGAAGUAACCUGCUUGGACGCAGGGGCGGUUGCUGGCUGCAACACACACCACUUUGAAUCCCUCAGCAUCUGCAAACUGGGUGUACAAGAGAGACAAAACCCAACCAACUGCAACACAGGUUACAUGAUUAACUAACAAUUAACAUGCUCCUCACUAACUAUUGUAUUUCCUGUCAUUGAAUACAGCCAGUGCCUUUAGGUUGUUUUCCUGGCUGUUAAUUCGUGGCACAUUCCCAUGCUGCACUCACUCAUUAGUGGCUGCUAAUUUUCCCCCCUGAAUUCCCAAAUAUGAAUCAUGCUCUUUCUACCACUCUAGUACCCUUCUCCAGCAGGAAAAUGGCAACUAUCCAGGAGAAAAGCAAGUUCCGGAACAGAGAGAAAGUAAUGGGAAGAGAAAUCUCCAAAUUGGUGUGAGGUCACUGAAGUUACGAAAAAUAAAAAGCCCAUUGUACAGCAAACACAAACCAGACCACACAACUCCCACACUUCCUCUUGAGGACAACACUGCCGAGAACUGGAGUUGGAGUCAUACACUGAUCAAGAGAGCACAAGACCUGCAGGAGAACGAGUCCAGCCACGAAAGGUUAUCUGUGCUGUCUGUGUCCA